AGGGCAGCUCUUGUGCCCGGCUGCCAAGAUGGUGGAGUCCUCGGGCAGCAGCUCCAGCCGAGUGGGGCAGAGGAAGAGGCCGCACCAGCAGUCCCCGCCUGCUGAAGAGGAGAUGAAGAAGGAGCAAGGGGCUCCCCUCCGAGCAGGGCAGGCAAGGGGGCGCAGGCUCUGGGCCCUCCUCCGGAGGGGCUUCCGCCGGGCUGUGGAAAAGAUGAAGAACGAGGAGAUGAAGACCCUCCACCUGAGCCAUGGGCUGCAGCACCAGUGCCGCAUCGUCCUGCCCAGCCCCGUACGCCAUGUGACCCACGACCUGCAGAGAAGGGCCUUCGUGGUGCUGGACGCGGCCAACACGCUGCACCUCUUGACGGAGGACGGCUGCUGCAGGGAGAGCGUGAAGGGCCUGGCCCCCAUGACGGGCAUCCUCUAUGCCUCCCACGUCAACCAGUUUGUGGCCUGGUUCACGGGAGGCCUGCAGGUCCUGGACUCCAACUUCCAGCUGCUCUCGCAGGUGCCCUCCUCCCUGCCCAUCCGCUGUGGCAUCUACAGCAAGCAGCUGAACAGGAUCGUGACUGCCGGAGACGGGAACCUGACCCUCUGGAGCUUCCGCUAUGGCUCCCGCAGCCUCCAGUGCCGAGCCAGCGUGAGCACCGGCCUGGGGCCCACUGACCUCUUUGUCCGCCUCGCCCUGGACACCGGCAGCCUCAGCGAGCCCCACCGCUGCUUUGCCUCUUGUGCCACCGGUGUGGCCACCUUUGACAUCUCCAGGGGGAGUCUCCUGGCCUUCAGCACGAAGCUUCAUAGCAGAGAGAUCACAGACCUUGCGUAUUGUGAAGCCAUUGGCUGCGUCAUCACAGCCUCACGGGACACCACCAUCAAGGUGUGGAACAAGGAGUGGCACAUUCAGAUCGUCUUUGUGGGGCACACCGCUCCAGUCGUUGCUGUGAGCAUCUACCCCCGCCGCCCCCUCAUCUUCUCUGCCUCCCAAGAUGGGACCAUCCGCACCUGGAACCUCAACACCAUUGACCAGGUAGACCAGGUCCACGUCUCGGAGCCCGUGGAGUCCCUGGACACCCACACCAGUUCUCACGUCUUCUCCAUCUCGGGCUGCACCCUCAACCUCUGGAAAAUCAACCAGCUCUACUCGCUCUACACCGCGCUGGGCUCGCCCGUCAAGCGGCUCAGCUGCAUCGACCUGAGCCUUCUGGGCAACUUCCCUGCCCGCAUCCUCUGCCUCUGCCGGGACUCCACGGUGCAGCUGCUGGAGGCCCAGAGUGGCGCCCCCGUGUCCAUCCUCUCCUUGGACCAGUAUUCCCCGGCUCGGGACGUGGCCUACUGCUUGCCCCGGGAGACGCUCUUUGUGCUGCUGGAGCAAGGCCAGGUGCUGCGCGUCAACGCUGCCACCAGCCCCAUGACGGUGAAGCGGUCCUUCAGCAGCAGCUUCUGGGACUCCAAGCCCUGCUGCAUCCUGCUCUACAGCCACGUGGUGGAAGCGGAGAAGGUGCAGGCCACGUGGCUGGAAGUGAUCCAGAACCAGGGCUACCGGAAGAACUGGCAGAAAUCCACCAUCAACAUGCAGGACAGAAACAGAUUCCUGCCAAUUCUGGGGCACAAAAACGGUUCCCUGAGCGUCAUAGAUUGGUUCUCGGGCCGAGUGCAGUACACCGUGGAGGCGCAUAACCCUGAGCGGGUGACAGCACUGGCUGAGUACACCACACAGAUAUGCGUCUUGUCAGCAGGAGCUGACCUAACGGUGAAGAUGUGGCGCCUCUUCCCCUACACGGAGGAGAGCCUCCUCCUCCUCCUGUGCAUCUCCUGCGCCUCCCCUGCGUGGCACAUGUGCUUCCUGGGAGAGACCCUGGCGGUGGCCUUCCAGGACCCCGAAACGGUCACUUACAGCAUCGUCCACUACAAUCUGAUGGAGCAGACGCGCUCCGAGCACGGACCCGAGGAUGACGCCCAGGAUGACAUCACCGGACUCUGCUGCUGCCCAAACCUCCAGCUCUUUGCCUCGUCCAGCCGGGAUGGGUCGGUGAAGAUCUGGGACCACAAGAACAAGCUGAUCCGGCACCUGAAGCUGAACACCAUCCCGGAGAGCCUGGCCUUCGCUAACCACAAGGGGGACCUGCUGGUGGGCCUGGAGCAGCACCUGUACCUCAUCCCCCACACCCAGUACCUGCCCAGCUACUACCAGAUGCAGCUGCUGUGGGCAAAGUUCCUGGAGCCCCUCCAGGACGUCUCGCUGCCCAUGAGCCCCUCCACCUUUGAGGCCCUGGUGCAAGAGAACGACCGCCGCUUGAGGCAGGAGCUGCCGGUGGAGAAGUCCGAGUCCAGCGUGUCCAGCACCUUCCAGGUGCCCCUGAAGGAGUCCAAGGAGGUCAGGGAGGCCCGGCUCAAGCAAGAGGGCAUUGCGCAGGUGGCGGAGAGGAACCGGGACCUGCAGCUGCUGCAGGAGGGGAAGCUCAGCCGGGCCAAGAGAGGACCCCUCUCCAAAGAGAUGCAGGAGGAAGCCUUCAGGCGCUACCUGGGCUUCUUUUACAAGGAGCAGCUCAACCUGCAGAUCCCUGAAGAGGAUCCUUUCGAUGCCGAUGAAGUGCUGGAAUCCCUGGCCCAGAUGGAUCCUCUCUCUGCCCUCCGCGGACCCGCCAUCUCCCGCAUGUUCCUGGGAGGAUUCACAAAGCCCCGGAGUCUCGAAAUGGGCAGCUCCCUCUUUGUCGAUAUCAGCCCCUCCCUGCGUUGCACCUCUUCUCUGGCAGUUCCUGGCUCCCUUCAGGUGAAGAGGAAGAAGGUGGAAAUCUGCGCUGGCCCCUCCUCUGCCCAGAUGCAGGAGACGCCCCCCCUGGGGAAGGCUGGAGCAGCCCCCACGCAGGAAGCCCCCGAGGCCCUCCGGCCCCUGUCAGUGGGAGGCAGCAGGCAAGGCUUCCAGCCCAGGCAGAGAGGCCCCGAGGAGGAGGAGGCGGCCAUGCCUGCAGAGCGCUUGAGCCCGGUCAAAACGUUGGGAUCUCUGGUCUCGGUUACCUCAGAAACCCCCUCGGUCCCCAGCCCCACCAGGCACUUUAAGAGUGAAAAGGAGCUCAAGAGCCUUCAGCUGCCCAAAAUAUCCUCGGGCUUCAUCCCCAACUCCGUGGUCGUCCAGCAGCUUCACACCGCAGACCUGCUGGAGGGGGAGAAGCUGGUGAAGGUGAUUGGACCCCAGAAGGUGUCCCAGAGCUCCUCCAAGGCCAGUUCAGUGUGGACGUUUGAGGAGGACGAAGUGUCCGAGGAAGAACCGUGGCUGGUGGGCCAGGAGAGCUCCUCCAAGUCCUGGAUCAGGCCAGCCAAGGAAGAUGCCCCCUCCACAAAGCAGAGCCUGCCUGGGGUUUUCCUGACUCAGCUGGACGAGUCCCAGUACGCAGAGCCACAGGAGGCCUUGCCGGCAUUUGUGCUGCCCUUUGUGGGCCAAGAGUGGUUCCAGAACCUUUUCCCAGAGGGUGUCCGCCCUGAGAUGCCCUUGCACGCCUUGGUGAGGAAGCUGCAGCAGUCGCUGGUCACCUCCGACUUCCACAUCAAGACGGAAGUGCUGGGCGCCAUCACCUACCUGGAGGACCAGCUGGAGGACAAAGCGAAGAGGUGGAUCCAGUACACCCUCUUUGAAGUGCUGAAUCAGGAGGGCAACACCCCCUCUCUGCAGGAAAAGAGCCAGGAGCAGUUCAUCCUGGCCGCCCUGCGCGUCCUCCUGGACCUGGACAAAGACAGCCUGGACUUGAUGGUGGAGCUGAUGUGCUGCUACUUGUUGGCUGCUCCGUACGCCCGGGCAGUCUUCAAGCGCAUGUUCCAGGAGUUGGGGCUUCAGGACCCCCACAACUUUUUCUUCAAGGAGAUGAACUCCUGGAUGGUGGAGAUGGGGGACCCCAAAGAGGCUGUCCGGAAACUCAGCCGCGAGUGGCUGGAGGAGAAGAUCAGGAUUUUCAAGGAACACAGAACUCGCCAGUGGGAAGAAGAGGCCGUCUCUGGGAAGCAGCUUCCCCUGGACACCAGCCACAAGAUCCAGGGAAGGAAGAGGCUGGAGAAGAGCCACAAGAAACCCAGGAAGCAGGCUGGAAAGCUGGCCAAGGCUGCCCACAAGUCACACCACACUCCUAGAGCCCCUCAAACCUUGGGUCACUUCCGAUCUGGACUACUGUGA